AUGGUGCCUCAAACUCUUGCCGCAAUCGAGGUUCUAAGGACUUCUGUCGUGGCGGACAAGUAUGAUUGUCUUAAUGCAGUGAAAUUUGUUAGCGAAUGUUGGCUUCGGCGUCGCGGACAGGAAGCUGGCGAUCUGAUGCUUCUCACUGCCGCAGCUUAUUUGUUCCAGAACGCCCAGGCAUUUAAUGAAAUCACCAAAGCAUUGAUACUCAACCACGGUGGUCCCUACCUUGCUCUCUCAUGCAAUGAGGUUGAGUCUGCUAUGAACUGGAAAGUAUUCUAUGAUGAUUACCAAGUUAGAACUAUCUUACUUGGUAUUCGUGAGAUCUAUGGAGACCACAGGGGCGAGAAUAUUGGUCAAACAGUCGUUGACGUUAUUCGCGAAUUCCAGGCCGAAUCCGGACUCGGCGCGUUCGUUCUUGAUAACGCUAGCAAUAACGAUACAGCAGUUCGCUACAUCCUUAAUGAACUCGAAUUACACGAUAUACACGAAGAAGAGCGCUGUCGACUACGCUGUUUAGGUCAUAUCAUCAAUCUUGCUGCACAGGACUUCAUAUUUGGCCAAAAUUCAGAGAAAUGGCUACGAGAACAUGCUGCUAUUGAAGAUAGCGAAGAUAUCGAAGAUUUACAGCGCAGCUGGGUGUCUCAGGGCCUUAUUGGCCAUGUUCAAAACCUCAUUUCGUUGAUUCGAAGCAGCCCACAGCGCAGGCAGGCAUUUCGCAAGAUAACUGGCACAGAUCCUGAUCCAAACAAGCAGAAUUUGAUGCUUAUUCAGAAUAAUACAACUCGAUGGAACUCAACCUACCAUAUGCUUGUUCGCGUUCUAGAGCUCAAAAAUCAUAUACAAGUGUACGUCAACAGUUGUCAAGCAAAACGUGAUCUCAAGGGCAAAAUAGCAGAUGAAGCUAUUUAUAAGCUCCCUCAGCUCACAGAAGACGACUGGGCAAUGCUUCAAGAGCUCUGUGACGCUCUACAGCCGUUUGACGAAGCUACAAACUUUCUACAGAGCAAUAACAAAGGCGCCAAAUACGGCUUUCUAUGGGAGUGCCUCCCUGCAAUCGAAUGGCUCUUAACAACGCUCGAAACGCUCAAGGAGAAUAAGAGCGUUAGGGAUAGAGUUGGCCUGUCAGCAAAUAACGCGUGGAACAAGAUGAACAAAUACUACGAGAUAACUGAUCUCUCUCCUUAUUAUGUCGCUGCUAUCGUCCUCAACCCUGCUCACAAAUGGAGAUAUUUCGACAUACACUGGAAGCGAAACAAGCACUGGAUCCCUGAGGCGAAGAGGAAGAUGAAGGCGCUAUGGAGCGUGUACAAGAUACAGCAUGAGCAGGUAGUUGAGGAGGAGCAAUUACUGCCUUCUUCUGCUCAGUUAUCUCCUCAAAAAGGCUCAUUCAAGAGUUUUCUAGCCUCUGGCCAAGCAGCAAGCAACGAAAAUGAGGCUACUGAUGAAUAUAAGGCCUAUUGUCAGCUACCUGCGCUGAAAUCAACGCCUAAGGAUCUCAUCGCUUGGUGGAGAGAGCAAGAGGCCUCAUUUCCUCUUUUGGCUACCCUUGCGUACACUAUUCUUGCUAUUCCUGCUAUGAGCGCCGAAUGCGAACGUGUAUUUAGCUCUGCAAAGUUACUUAUCACGCCAAAUCGCAAUCAUUUGAGUCCAGAUACUGUUGAAAUGUCCGAAUGCCUCCGAAAUUGGUACAACAACAAGGUUAUUUGA